GAUUACUGCGAGGUGUGUCAACAAGGCGGUGAGAUCAUUCUGUGCGACACGUGCCCCAAGGCCUACCACCUGGUGUGUCUUGAGCCCGAGCUGGAGGAGGCACCUGAGGGGAAAUGGUCUUGUCCCACCUGUGAGGUCGAGGGGGUGAAGGAAGAGGAUGAGCAUAUGGAGUACUGUAAAGUUUGUAAGGACGGAGGUGAAUUGCUGUGCUGUGAUUCGUGCGUCAACGCCUACCACACGUACUGCCUGUCUCCGCCCCUAUACAAGGUGCCAGAGGGAGAGUGGACCUGCCAGAGGUGUGCCUGUGAGCCUCUGCCUGGCCGCGUACAGAAGAUAUUGUUCUGGAGGUUCGUUGAUCCCCCCAAACCACCGGACAAUUGGAAAGAGGCCGUCGGGGAGAAGGCCGAGAAGUACCAAUUUAAACAGCUGCGGGAGUUCCUGGUCAAAUGGGUGGAUAUGUCCUUCUGGCACUGUUCCUGGAUCUCGGAGUUGAUGCUGGACGUUUAUCAUCCACAGAUGUUACGGUCGUAUUUCAAGAAGUUCGACCCCGAUGAGCCGCCCAUUCCAGGGAUAGACGACGACGAUGAGUUAGGCUCACAGAGACGACACAAGAAGGAGAUUGACCCCAAUUCACUGGAGGAAAGGUACUAUAAAUACGGCAUCAAGUCCACGUGGCUCAAGAUCCACCGCGUGCUGAACCACCGCACGCUGCGAGACGGAACGACCCAGUACCUCGUUAAGUGGCGUGACCUCCAGUACGACCAAGCGACCUGGGAGGACGAAGACGAGGAUAUCGUUGGGCUUAAAACGGCCAUCGAGUUCUACCAUGAUCUGAGGGCUGCUUGUAAUGCUGAUGUGGGAACCAAGAACAAGAAGGGUAAGAGGAAGGGCAAAUCCCGCACCAGAGAGUUGGGCGACGAAGACCGUGAACCUUCCUCCCCCCGGCGCUACACUCCCCCCCCAGACAAACCCAUCACCAACCUGAACAAGAAACUGGAGAAACAACCGGAUUACAUCGACAUAACCGGCCUGUCACUUCACGAAUAUCAGCUAGAGGGCGUUAACUGGCUGAGGUACUCAUGGGGCCAAGGCACUGACACCAUCUUAGCCGACGAGAUGGGCUUAGGAAAGACCAUCCAGACUAUCGCCUUCCUCUACUCUCUAUACAAAGAGGGCCACUCCAAGGGGCCAUUCCUGGUGGCCGUGCCCCUGUCCACGAUCAUCAACUGGGAGAGGGAGUUCGAAAUGUGGGCCCCGGAUUUCUAUGUCGUUACCUACGUCGGGGAUCGCGACUCACGCACGAUGAUCCGCGAACACGAGCUGUCGUUCGAGGAAGGGGCGGUGCGUAGUGCGUCCAAGGCCACGCGUAUCCGUACCACUAAUGUCAAGUUCAACGUUCUGCUGACAUCCUAUGAGAUGAUAUCCAUGGAUCAGGCUUGUCUGGGGUCCCUGGAGUGGGCGUGUUUGGUCGUCGACGAGGCUCAUAGACUCAAGAGUAAUCAGUCUAAGUUCUUCCGAGUGCUAAACCAGUACAACAUCAUCUACCGGCUGCUCCUGACUGGUACACCUCUCCAGAACAACUUGGAGGAGCUGUUUCAUCUGCUAAACUUCCUGUGCCCGGAGAAGUUCAGCGACCUGUCAACUUUCCAGAACGAAUUUGAAGACAUCGCCAAGGAAGACCAGAUUAAGAAACUCCACGACCUCCUGGGGCCUCACAUGUUGCGGAGGUUGAAGACUGAUGUGUUGAAGAACAUGCCAACGAAAUCCGAGUUCAUAAUCCGGGUAGAACUGUCGCCGCUACAGAAGAAAUAUUACAAGUAUAUUCUGACGCGGAACUUUGAAGCCUUGAACUCUAGGGGAGGCGGACAGCAGGUCUCCCUUCUGAACAUCGUAAUGGACCUGAAGAAAUGCUGUAAUCACCCUUACCUCUUCCCCGCUGCUUCCGAAGAGGCGCCUAAACUACCCAAUGGCAUGUAUGUCACCAAAGACCUCGUUAAGGCCAGCGGGAAGUUUAUUUUGCUGGAGAGUAUGUUGGAGAAGCUGAAGAGAGAUGGUCACAGGGUGUUAAUAUUCUCCCAGAUGACCAAAAUGCUGGACAUUCUAGAAGACUUUUGUGAAGGCCUCGGGUACAAGUACGAGAGGAUCGACGGAGGCAUUACUGGUCUACUGCGUCAGGAAGCUAUCGACAG